AUGAAAACGAAGCUAAGCGUUAAUGUGAAUAAAAUUGCAACUCUUCGAAAUGCAAGGGGAGGAGAUGUGCCAAAUGUGGUAAAGGUGGCGCAGGAUUGUGAACGUUUUGGAGCCGAUGGGAUUACGGUACAUCCGCGUCCUGAUGAGCGACACAUUACACGACAAGAUGUCCUGGAUUUGUCAAAAGUGGUGACCACAGAGUUUAACAUUGAGGGAUACCCGAAUGAUCGUUUUAUGGAGUUAACUAUGGAAGUGAUGCCAGCACAAGCGACGUUGGUUCCAGAUCCUCCGGGAGUGUUAACUUCCAAUGCUGGAUGGGAAACGAAAAAGAAUAUUGAUUUACUCACCGAUUUGGCAACAACGUUCCGCGAAAAAGGUAUUCGCACGUCGAUUUUCGUAGAUACGAAGUUGGAAAACAUCGAGUACGCUGCAAAGAGCGGAGUGGAUCGAAUUGAGUUGUAUACCGGACCUUUUGCCGAUAAUUACACAGCAGAUAAAGAAGCAGCGAUUAAAGAUUAUGUGACUGCAGCAAAAUUAGCUUCUGAAUUGGGAUUGGGAAUCAAUGCAGGUCACGAUUUGAGUUUGGAUAACUUGCGUUACUUCGAUGAGCACAUUGAAGGUUUGAUGGAGGUUUCCAUUGGUCAUGCCUUAAUUUCAGACGCACUUUACUUUGGAUUGGAGAAUACGAUCCAGAUGUACCAGCGAUUGUUGAAGUAA